UGCGCAAAAGAGCCACAACCGCUAAACCAUUUUUGAGUGCGCAGGAAACGACACCGCGCACUGCCCCGUUGCACUCCCUCAACCACGCGCAGCUUGCAGCAGCAGCAGCAGCAUCCCAGCGGGGAGGAUCUCUUCUCUCUUGCUGGUGCUGCUCUCACCCGGGGCAGGGCUUGCAGGGAGACACAAUACAUAGAGGCGGGUAUUGUCUCCUCCUCUAUCAAGGGGGACAACCCAGCCCUUACUUGAUACCUGCCUGAUUUACAGAAGAGACGUCUCCCAGUCGUGUACCAUAUGACACCAGUCCUGGGCCGGGUUACCAGUCCGCGCAGGACACGCUGAACACCACGAGGAGGAGGAGGAGGAAUUAAUUGUGUAAAGGGUGUGGAAUGGACAGGUGGCUCUUGUGUGCUUAUGCGAACCUCCUCUAGCCAUGGAUGGGCUGAUACCGCUGCUUUGCUUGUUCACCUUUGCAACGCCACAGGUGCGUGGAGAGCAGGGCAGGAGCGCCGUGUUCCUGCCAGAGUUCUCCCUGAGCCGUAAGGAGCCCCUGGUGGAUGAGAGUGUCGGGGAACCGCUCCUCACCUACAGGAACGAGGGGGAGCAGAUCCACCCCACGUCGUCAGAAGAGCGCAAUUCUGCUUGGGAUGCGUGGGGAGCGUGGAGCGAGUGCUCCCGCACCUGUGGUGGAGGAGCCUCGUAUUCUCUGCGGCGCUGCCUCGAUAAAGGAAAUUGCGAAGGACGGAAUAUAAGAUACAAGUCGUGCAGCAACAACGAUUGCCCCGCGGAAUCCGGGGACUUCCGUGCCCAGCAGUGCUCGGCUCACAACGACGUGCGCUACCAGGGCCGCUCCCACGAGUGGGUGGCCGCCGGCGGCGACCCCGGGCGGCCAUGCGCCCUGACGUGUGCCGCGCGGGGCUCGCCCCUGCUGGUCGUGGAGCUGGCGCCCAAGGUGCUCGACGGCACCCGGUGCCGCCCCGGCUCGCUCGACAUGUGCAUCAGCGGGGUGUGCCAGCACGUGGGGUGUGACCACCAGCUGGGCAGCCAAGCCAAGGAUGACAAUUGCGGAGUCUGCGGCGGCAAUGGCACCACGUGCCGCCUCGUGAGAGGACAGACGAGGCCUCAGCUGUCUUCUUCUGACAAACCGGAGGAAACGAUCAUCACCAUGCCAUAUGGAAGCCGACACGUAAAAAUCAUCAACAAAGGCCCCAAUCACCUCUUUGUAGAGAGCAAGACGCUGCAGGGGGUGCGGAACACGCACUGGCUGGAUUGGUCCGGGACGGCGUUGCUCGCAAACUCCACCGCCGAGUUCUCGCUGCUGCAUGACAAGGAGGUCCUCAAGAUGAGCGGGCCACUCACCGCGGACUUCACGAUCAAAAGCAGAUUUGUGGGGCCUGGAGAGAGCUUGGUCCAGUUCUUCUUCUAUCAGCCCCUCAGCCAUCAGUGGCGUGAGACGGACUUCUUCCCAUGCUCCGUAACCUGUGGUGGAGGCUACCAGCUGACCUCGGCCGAGUGUGUGGACGUGCGCUUGGGCCGCGUGGUGGCUGACCAGUACUGCCACUACUACCCGGAGAACAAGAAACCCAAGCCCAUUCUGCGGGAGUGCAACAUGGAGCCCUGCCCAGCCAGUGAUGGUUACAAACAGAUAAUGUCCUACGACCACUUUCAACCAAUCCCACGCUGGGAUGGAGGUCCGUGGACCACCUGCUCGAGCUCGUGCGGCGGAGGGCUUCAGAGCCGCUCGGUGGCGUGCGUGGAGGAAGACCUCCACGGCAUCCUGCACCCUGCCGAGGACUGGAAGUGCAUGUACACGCUGAGGCCUGUCGCGUCCCAGCCGUGCAACCUCUUCGACUGCCCGCGGUGGCUCGCCCAGGAGUGGUCUUCGUGCACUGUGACGUGCGGACGCGGCCUCCGCUACCGAGUGGUUCUGUGCAUGGACUACCGGGGCCACCAUGCCGGCGGCUGCAACCCCAAGAUCAAGCCUCACAUCAAGGAGGAGUGCAUCGUUCCUGUCCCAUGCUACAAGAUAAAAGAAAAACUUCCAGUGGAAGCUAAGCUGCCGUGGCUUAAGCAAGCACAGGGCCUCCAGGAGGAAGCGGAGGCGGAGGUCUCGGAAGAACCAAUGUUCAUCGCUGGUCCUUGGUCGCCUUGCAGCGCCACGUGCGGCGUGGGCGUGCGGACGCGCGCCGUCCCUUGCCGCGUCUUCCUCUCGUUCUCGCGGACCGUCGCCGAUCUGCCUGACGAGGAGUGCGGCGAGGGGCCCCGACCCAGCGCCACCAGGGCAUGCCGCGCCGCUUCGUGCUCCGCCGACUUCACUGCCGCGGGCUGGCGAGAGGAGGGGGAGGAUGGAGAGUCCGAGGAAGAAGGGGAGGGAGAGCGAUACGGAGAGGAGGAGGAGGAGGGGGAGAGCGAGAGGGGCGACGAUGGGGAGAGGGAUGUGACCCCGCAUGCCAUCGAGCCGGUUUUCGAGUGGGAAUAUCAGGGCUUCACGGACUGUUCAGAGUCUUGCGGUGGAGGCACCCAGGAGGCCAGGGCUGUGUGCCUGAGCAAGGAGGGUGGCGAGCCAGCCGACCAUGGUCUGUGCAACGCCUCUCAUCGUCCCCCAAGGCUCCUGAAAAGCUGCAACGUGGACCCCUGCCCUCCCAGGUGGGAGGAGGGCGAGUGGAGCCCGUGCCCCGUGAGCUGCGGCCAGGGCCUGCACACCCGGGAGGUGGUCUGCGCACGCCGUGUCGCCUCCUCGCCCGCCGGGAGGUCCCGCGAGCGGCCGCCGCCGCUGCCCGAUCGCGAGUGCGCCCUGCCCAAGCCGCCUGCCACGCGCCCGUGCGCCCGGCUGGACUGCCCGCCUACCUGGCACGCGCAACCUUGGCAGCAGUGCUCCCGGACAUGUGGCCGGGGCUCGCAGACGCGGGCGGUCCUGUGCCAGCAGCGGCGAGCCGACGGGACCUUGCUGGCCCUGCCAAAACCGCUCUGCCGAGAAUCCCCCCCUCCGGCACACCGGCAGCCGUGCGCUCAGAUCGACUGUGCCCCGCGGUGGGCCACUCGACCCUGGCAACAGUGCUCGAGAAGCUGCGAAGUGGGGACCCAGUGGCGUGCUGUCUCGUGUCAGACGCUGUCAGGCGCCGGGGAGACGCUGACUGUUGAUCCGGCUGUCUGUCAAUCGCUUCCCAAACCCCUCUCCACCAAGGUUUGCAGUCUUCGCCCUUGCACACAUGGAAAAGGCAAGCAGAGCAACAGGAAGUCCACCAGGAAGGAGCCGCAGAUUGCGGCGAUGCACAAAGUGUACAUCCAGUCGCGCUGGGAUCGCCGGCUGCACUUUGACGUUGGCGGCCGUGCCUACUUGCACCCCAAGACGACGGUGGUCGUCCGCUGCCCCGUGCGCCACUUUGACAAGGCCCUCAUCCGCUGGGAGCACGACGGGCUGCCCCUCGCCAACUCUUCGCGGAUCGUCCUCGGACGCUCCGGUGCCUUGAAAGUGCGCCACCUGGAGCCCAGCGACAUCGGCGUUUACACGUGCGUGGCGGGCUCGGCCCGAGAAAACUUCGCCGUCAAGUUGAUCGGCGUCAUCGGCAGCGGCGACGUUGGGUCGAGCCAGGGCUCGCGAGUGGCCAAGCAGAAGAGCGAGCCGGAGGAGUUGAAACACAACGAGGCCGCGAGCUCCGCCAGCAAGGAGAUGGACGUGCAGAAGCUGCGCAAGCAAAUCAAAGCGAACAAGUACGAGUUUUACAGGGACGAUGGGAGUUUGUAUGACCGGAUUGUUCUCCGAGUCCUGGAAAAAAAGCUGGAGGCUAAAACGAAGCCGGCAUCCGCUGAAUCUUCCGACUCGGCAGAAAGAGAUUACUCGUACGACGACAUCAUUAACUUGGAUGCUUCCAAUCCAGUGGCGUACAUUACCGAGGAAGACAAACUGGAGGGCCUUAUCAGAAACAUCACCCUCCGCCUCCGAGGACAGCAUCAAAUCGGUGCCUCCGCUCAACCAGCGAAGGAUCUGAUUACCAAGAGCCCGACGCAGACUGUGAGCCCGAGAGCCGCCGGAGUGUUUGAGCAGGGCAAAUGGGAGGGGAAUCCUGACGUUGCAUCCACAGCGGUGCCCACGAAAAUCCCUCGCAGUCUCUCCGCAGAACCGGAGCCAACCACUGAAGAGCCUGGCGAUGUUACGCACGCAGCUCAAGUGAACGAUGGUUAUCGAGCGUCCCCCAGGUUUACGAGUGCCCCCUACGAGGUUCCGGCUAUCGAGAGAGAGGAUCUACCAUUAAGUCUCCUGUCUCACAAAGAGAUCAGGGUGCAAGUGGGCCACCCGUUGCUCCUAAGCCAUCGGCCCGAGGCCCUGACAUUAAGCUGUAAUGCACACGGAGUCCCUUCUCCUGUUAUCACUUGGCUACAAGACGACACGCCUGUGGCUUUCGGCAACAGGGUUUCGGAGCAGACGGAUGGCUGCCUGCGCAUUGAACUGCCCGUCGAGUCUGACAGUGGACUCUACACCUGCCUGGCUACCAACCGGGCCGGCACGGACACCCUGUCCUCCCUCGUUACCAUCACUGCAGACUCUCUGAUUAAAACUACGAGGGAGGUCAUCACCGAUCUGAGUUCGAGGUUCGUUGAGGUCAACGUUGGAGGCAUGGUCCGGGUCCGGGCUGGCACAAACGUCACUCUGGGCUGCCAUAUGGACAAUGUCCAGUCGGGGCGGGUCAGAACGUUACAACAACAAAGAAUACAAAAACACGAUCGGAGUGAAAAGUACAAGAAAGGGCCAUCCACAGUCGAUACUGCAUGGACGAGAGGUGGGGGAGACUUGGAGAGAUCAUUGCCUUCGCUCGCCAAUGGUUCGCUGAUUCUUGUGAACGUCACCGCAAAGGAUGAAGGCGUGUACACGUGCACGACCAGCAGUCCCUUUGGCUCCGUCUUGGAAAGCACGACCCUCAUCGUUCUCGAGCCUCCACGAUUUCACCGCCACUCCGUGGAGGUGGCCGCCCUGCUUUCUGGGACAGCGGAACAUGAGCACGCCGGGAUGGUGUCACUCAGAGGAGACACCAGCCUCAAUGUGCCCACUGGACACGACCUCAUUGUUGGCUGCCCGGUUGCAGGCAACACCAAGCCCAAUAUGACGUGGUACCUGGGCAGCCAGCCUGUGCAGAGCUUGCCUGGGUUGUCGUACCAGCUCCUGGCUGGGGAGCAGGUUCUGCGCUUACGCGGUGUUGUUGGGCCCUGGGAUGGCCCCGUGCGCUGUGUGGCCCAGAACGAGGCUGGCACCUUGACCGCCACGCUGCACAUCGCUGUUGGUGAAUCGAGCUGGACGCCGGGGGAGCCGUCCCCUUGUUCGGCAAGCUGUGGAAACACUGGCGCGCAGUCCUGGCGUCUGCGCUGCGUCCGAGACGACCUGGAGGAAGUGGACGCCUCUCUCUGCCAAGGCCUCCCGAAGCCGUCAUUAGCUGCACCGCAGCAGUGCAACCGGAGAGACUGCCCACCAAGCUGGAGCGUCGAGGAAUGGGGCACUUGCUCACGCUCGUGCGGAGGAGGGAUGCGCCUGCGUCGCGCCACCUGCCAGAUGCUGUCCUCGGACGGAGAGGUGACCCCGCUGCCCGUGGAACUGUGCGAACACGACGCCGGCCUGCGACCCACCGAGGAGGAGGCGUGCGCCACGCACGACUGCCCUCACUGGGUGGCGCUCGACUGGGGGCAGUGCACCGGGCGUUGCGUGGGAUGGAUGACAGGGACCAAACAUCGACGGGUCUCUUGCCGCACUACGAACGGGACCCUCGUGCCUGACAGUGCCUGUGACAAAUCCUCCAGGCCGGCACUGAGCCAGAAUUGCAGUGCGGAGGCGUGCGCGGGCGAGUGGCUCCCGGGCCGCUGGAGCGAGUGCACGGCCACGUGCGGCAGCCACGGCUUCCAGUCGCGCCGCCUGGAGUGCGCCAGAGCCACGGCCGAUGCCCCUGGCGGCGGCGGCGGUGGCGGUGGCGGCGGCGGCGGCGGCGAGCAUUCUUGCGCUUGGCAGCCCAAGCCCAUCACUUGGCAGCGCUGCAACAUCAUCCCUUGCGAGAAAGGUGAAUGUAAAGACACAACCAGGUACUGUCACCUGGUGAAACGGCUGAAACUUUGCCAGCUGAUGAUGUACAAGCUGCGCUGCUGUGAGUCCUGCAAAGAUUUGUGAAGAGAAAAGACAAAAAACACGGAGAAGGGAAAAAAAGUCUCUGCCUGUAAAUGGGUUGAAACGCAGGGGAGGAAAAAAGAAUUGCGGUCAUAUGACGAUAAAACAUGAAAGGACACAUGUGGAUUCUUUACGAAGAGGAAUGGCACCUUUGGCAAUUCUUAUUAUUCCAAACAGACGUCUGUGUGGAGAGAAUCGAAUUGUUUUUAAAAUGAACAAAAUAAAAAGCAAACGUGGAUGGUAACGCCUACCGUAGGUUUUCUCAAUGUUGUGAACCAGAUCGUGAUUGCAUUUUCGGAGACACAACUUUUUCGGGGAUGCAAGUUUUUCCCCUUCUGUACGUUAUUCACCGCGGCAACAGGACGAAGCAACAUUUUUUUUCUUGGAUACAAUCAAGACGGUUGCUGAUAUCAGAAUCAUUGCUGUAAAUAGCUGAAGCUUAUAUUUCAAGAACAUUUAAUUUUAAUCCAGGAAAUGUGAUAGGAAAAAAAAAUCGUUCACGGACCCUCAUGCCAUGAAAUAAAAAUGAAAGAGAAGAUUAGAAAAAUCAAUUUUUAUAUUUUUGUCAACACGCCGUUUUAAACUAACAUGACAUUUCUUCUCAAAGUGUUUUUUUCCACGUGUAUUUUAAAGAUGGAUAUUUCUCGUGAAAUGAACUAAAUUAUGUGUUUUUUUGUAUCACCUGAUAUUCCUAAAAAAAUUGACAAGUUAGGAGCAAUUACUAACAACACACAAUACAGUAUUUACUGAAACUGAACUUAAAAAAGAAAUACUUUGUAUUAUGUUACACGGUUGGUAAUGUUCACAUUUAUUUUAAAGUGAAAGCAGUAUUAUGAAAAAUAAAUAUAUAAAAUAAUAUUAAAUAACAACAAAUCAAACGCUAAGACGAAAUACGGAAAGACUGCAAAAAUGUUGCAUUCAUAUCCUGCCUUUUUUUUACAUCGGCUAAUUAUGCUUUGUCCGUGAUGUUUAAUCUAUUUGUAAUUUUAAUACAAGGUAGUUUAAAGUAAACAUUUGUAAAUAAUUUAUGAACUACAUUUGUUUUUUUUUUAUUAAAGUGCAAUAAAUAUGGUUGUAUAAUAUGUUACGGUAAAUAAAUGUGUGGUUUUUAUUUGUCAUUGGGUCUUACAGCGCUUGCUACCAAAGCUAAUCUGCUUAGAGAGAGCACUUAGGGCUUACUGUGCUACACAAACACUUUUUUGUUAAAUCGUACAUUUUAAACUUGCAUAUAUUUUUAUUGUAUUGUAACAUGUUGCAUGCAUGGUCUGUCAAAAGAUGUACCCUGUCAAAUUUGAUUUUGAGAAAGAAUAAGUUACGAGAACAUGUGAAAUGAACUGUUUCUUAACAAUACGAAAUAUUUUAAUGAUAGCCUGAAUUAAUUGAAAGUUUUAUGCAACUAACAGUCAAUUGAAAUUCAUCACGUUGUUGGGUAGUUUUAUUAGAAUGAAUAAUUUAACAACUUUCCAUAUUUAUAUAUACACUACUUCCCGUUCUCUUCAAUAUGAUCCGUCCUGUGUGCAAUUGCGUUUGUGUGUUUUCAUUAUCGCAGUUAAUCACAUACUUAAUGUCUGGAAGUGUAUCAAAAUAUGUGAAAAGUACAUUAAUAAAUCUAGAGCAUUAUA